AUGAACAAAUCUAUUGGCGAUUGGCAGAUGCAUCCACAUCUGAUAGUCUCUUGUACAACCGGAGACAAAAGAAUGGGCGACGUUGUCCCCAUGCUAAGGAAAAUUAGAAAAGUGGCAACCAUGCAGAGGUGGUUGUAUGGAUCUCACAAAUCUUAUAGAAGGGAAGAAUCAGAAGUAGAAGAUGGCCUAUUUGGCAGCACUGCAAGGGGACCAGUCUUGGGAUACAAAAGGAAAUUGGGCCAUAGUCUUUUGGCAAAUUAA